AUGCUUGUCGAAUGUGCAAACCGCACUGAUAGCCGGGCCCUUCGAGCUGUCAAGUCUAAAGCCCCCACGCUGUGUUCUAACGGCGAGACUCUUGUGGGACAGGCAAACCAGCGCCGGCGAGAGAGAGAGAGCCGACUUUCCAUCACAAUUCCCUCACUUUCACUUCACUCUCUCAGUCUGGAGGUAUCGUCGCCUCGCCCUUCUUUUGAGACACCAAAGAAUAGGAUUGAGGAUGAAGAACGGCCACCAUCUGCUCCUCCUGCCCUUCUCCACCCACAGCCCAAAACUUCCACAUACUCGGACUCAACAUUUACAAACCCGUGGAACCGACCUGCGUCAGCGUCCAGCAAUUUGCCGCGCAAGCAGACUAUCCGAACUGUGUCAUCCUAG